GACAGGAGCUGGCACCGAACGCCGUGUUUCUCAACAGUGGCCCCCUGAGGGUAUAAAACGGCAGCCCACGGCCCACUUCAGUGCAGAAAGUUUCAGCAGACUGCAGAUAUGCUCCGGUGUCUCGUGUUGACCUGUCUCGCAGCCCUCGCGCUGGCCGAGCUGCAGCCCCAGCCCCGCUACCUGGAGGCGGAGGAGCGCGUUGUGGGGGGGGAGGUGGCCAGACCCAACUCCUGGCCCUGGCAGAUCUCCCUUCAGUACCUGUCUGGUGGCAGCUACUACCACACGUGUGGAGGAACCCUGAUCAGGAGGGGAUGGGUCAUGACUGCCGCUCACUGUGUGGACAGAUCCAUGACCUGGCGUGUUGUUCUCGGGGAUCACAACAUCAACACCCAGGAGGGCAGGGAGCAGUACAUGACCGUGAGCCGCGUCUACGUCCACCCCAACUGGAACAGCAACAACGUGGCUGCAGGAUAUGACAUCGCUCUGCUGCGUCUGACCUCUGACGCUACGCUCAACACCUACGUCCAGCUCGCCACCCUCCCUCCUGCCAACCAGAUCCUGCCCAACAACAACCCCUGCUACAUCACCGGAUGGGGACGCACCCAGACCGGGGGUCAGCUCUCCGCUCAGCUCAAGCAGGCCUACCUGCCUGUUGUGGACUACCAGACCUGCGCCAGCUCCGGAUGGUGGGGCAGCACCGUGAAGAACACCAUGGUCUGCGCCGGGGGCGGCAGCGACUCUGGCUGCCAGGGCGACUCCGGCGGCCCCCUGAACUGCCAGGUCAACGGCAAGUACGCCGUCCACGGUGUGACCAGCUUCGUGUCCUCCUCGGGCUGCAACGCUUACAGGAAGCCCACCGUCUUCACCCGCGUCUCCGCCUACAUCAGCUGGAUGAACGGCAUCAUGGGCUGAGAAGGACGAGAGACGAGGGACGAGACUCUGCUCUGGGUUCAUCUCAGUUUCUGACCAGCUACAUCAAAAUAAAUUCCUGUAAUGUGCA